AAAGAAAAGUGGAAGGAGAAAGGAAAGAGAACCAAGAAGAGUCAAAAGCUAGGUAGAGUCUCUUCGUGGAAGGCGUUCAAAUUAUAACAUUAUUUCUCUAUUCUUUGGGCUAGUGUAAACAUUUCGUCGUCAAAUAAAAUUAACAAGAUGCCUAAUAUUAAGCUGCAAAGUUCUGAUGGAGAAGUAUUUGAAGUAGAUGUAGAUAUUGCAAAAUGUUCUGUUACGAUAAAAACUAUGUUAGAAGAUCUUGGCAUGGAUGAUGAGGAAGAGGAAGCCGUUCCCUUGCCCAAUGUAAAUUCUGUUAUUCUAAGGAAAGUAUUACAAUGGGCAACCUAUCAUAAAGAUGAUCCACCACCACCUGAGGAUGAUGAAAAUAAAGAAAAACGUACUGAUGAUAUUAGUUCUUGGGAUGCUGAUUUCUUAAAAGUUGAUCAGGGCACACUCUUUGAAUUAAUUUUGGCAGCUAAUUAUCUUGAUAUUAAGGGACUCUUAGAUGUUACGUGCAAAACUGUCGCUAAUAUGAUUAAAGGCAAAACUCCUGAAGAAAUUCGUAAAACAUUUAACAUUAAGAAUGACUUUACAGCAUCCGAAGAAGAACAAGUUCGCAAGGAAAACGAAUGGUGCGAGGAGAAAUAAAGCCAAAGGAUCUUUUUAAAAUAUUUAAUUUUAGUAUUUCAAAUUGUUAUGUUUGGGUCUUUCUUUCAUCUUUUUUCCUUCAUUCUGUCCUAUAAAACAUUUUUGUUACGGAAUACAUGCAAAAAAUUUACAUGAAACCACAAUUUCAUUGAUGAUGUGCUUAAAUGGUAUAAUUAAACAAGUUGACUACGUUUUAUUUAUCUACUUUAAUCCAAUAGAUUAAAUAUAUGUAAAUAUUUUAUGGCAAAUAUUAAUUAAAUUUCUACAUACUG